AUGAGUACAAAUUGUAGGCAAGGGAAAGUCGAGGUUAGUGAUCACUCGCUAUUAUCUGAAUUUAAUCAAGAUGUUUGUCUUCAGCUUAUUAAUGGUCAGAAGGUCGGAAAGGAUUCUGAAGCCCAAAGUCAUAGUAUUUUGAGUAAUUAUUUCACUGAAGAAAUAAAUUCGGACGAUCCAUUCGGUUCUGUUUGUGACUCAAAUCCUAAUGAAUUGCCCAAAUCACCUAGCAAUACUGAUCUAUCAAAAUGCUCUCAGUUGGAUCCUAAACAAGAUGUAACGAGUUUGAACCGUCUAAGACAACGAGAUGCCUGGUUGCCUUCUGAAUCUACUCAAAAAGCAUUAUUGAGUCCAAGUCCCGAAAACAAGUUAGUUGAGGUAAAACCUAUUCUCAUGGGCAAAGAUUAUGAGAUUGGCGGUAGUGGUAGCACUUCUGCUUUUGAUCCAUUCCAUUAUUUGUUGGCUCAGUAUACGGGCGAUGAACCAAACGUUAAUGCAAUCCAACGGGUUCCAUCUAUUGAACUGAGGAGUCAAAGUGGUGAUGAUCUCAAAAAAUUAAUUAACAAUGGAUGGUAUACUUGUGCACUGAAUCUUACUUAUCGUAUUCUUUCAGCAGCUGGUUUUAAAAAUGACGAAAGUGAGGCCGUUUUAUCUCCAUAUACUGCUCAGAUUUGGUUGUGUCGAUUGGCCUUAUUAGUUCGUACGCAAAAUUAUAAAUUGGCUGAACAUGAAUUUGCUACUUUUCAUAACAUGGAAGCACCGAAUUUCUAUUUUGAAUAUUUUCCCCAAAGAUAUCCUGGACGGACAGGUUCUAUCAUUCCAUUUUCUUUAAGACUACUUCAUGCUGAAUUACCAUUUAAUUUAAAUCGUACAAAUGAAGCAUUAGAUCGUCUAUAUUACUUAUUAGCUAUUAUUGGUCGAAUUCAAAGUAAUUUAGAGAAAGGCUUUAGAGAGGAUGGUUCGAUAAGUGAACCAGAUCUUGUUUACCGACAAGCCUCAUUAAAUUUAUGGACUGCUCGUAAAAUUCGGGUACUUUCCAGCUGUUUAUCAAUAUUUCUACAUAAGUUAGAUUAUCAAUCAGCACUAAAUAUAGUACGUCAAUUAACACAUCUAUGCAGUGAUAAUCAGGUUGUGCUUAGAGGAUUCUGUAGUUUACUUGGUCGUGUUCAUUUGCAGUUUGGGGAUUUGCAAACGGCUAAAGCACUUUUCGACAGAUCGUUACCUAAUGCGGAAUUUCCACUGGGCUAUAAACUUCAAUUACUGAUUCUACAGAAUUUUCAUAAUGCGUUGUUAUCGAUUGGUAAAGGGGAAUAUGAAGAAGCGAGAAUGUUCUUUGAAACUGUUCUGCAAUUAGAUCCUACAAAUGUGGCAUAAAACCCAUAACGCGUGUUUCUUCUUGUUUGAGACUCUCCAGCAGAAUUUACGUUAAACCAUAGUAAGUUGUUGUUAUCCUUACUGAGGCCCAAACGUAGUACCCAUAACUUCAAAAAUUAAAGCUUUGUCAUAGAAAAACUAGAAUAAAUCAUGUAGACACGGUUAAAUAAUUCACUUGUUUGAGUGUUCGUUGAGACUAUAAUUUAUGGACGACCUUUGAGCGACGCCAAAGUGAUGUUGAGGAUGUCCACCUAUUAACUGGAACUAAAUGAUGGUUAUAAACCAACGUGCGGAAUUAGAUUUAGAGUUUUCAUCACGAACUAACAUAAGCUGAAAUACCAAAACUCUAGCCAAAUAAAUGGACGAAUUAUGCGCCACAAUCCAAGACCUGUUAUCCCAAAUCUGAUUGGUUCGUCCGUAAAUUAUAGUCUCGCAGAGUGUUCUUGGAAAAGUGUCUAAAGUCAUGUGACUGAAAUUCCUCCGAUGAAAUAUAUCAUUUUCCCAAUUAAUAAAAGCUAAACUAAUUCGUCAUCCAAAACAAUUUUUACUGUUUUCAUAUUUACUUACGCAUCUAAAGGAUGUUAUUGUCCUGAGAGACCAAUUAAAGACAAUAAAUCAGUGAUUUGGUAUCCUAGGUAAUAUGUGCGAUCUUCUACGUUGAUAAAUAUAAAGUUUUUAUGACCAACUUGGGAGUCCUUUGAAGUACACACCAACGAGACAUCGCGGCAUCGAAGACAGAGCUCUCUAGUCUAUGAUACUUUCAUAUCAGCUACUGAAUACUGCGGUUCACAUUUCGGAACUCAGUUAGUUGAUUGGUAUGCAUCUAGCUUCCGCACCAGUAGAAACUAGGACACAUUCAGACUUCUUUCUCCGUAGUUCUUCAAAUCUCAUGGGUGAGUGCCACUGUACUUCAAACCAUAUUGUGGUAGUAAAUGUGUUUUCACUUUUAUGGAAAACACAGUAAGUUAGACUUCUGUGUUAAUUGUCAAUUUCGUACUGUGAAAAUAUAAAUCUGCAAUAAGGAUAAAUAUUUCUUAGGGAAGACUCUAAGUCAUGUAACCUGUGAGUAAAACCACGUAUCUGAUGUCUAAAGACUUGUUAUGUUUUCUGGACCAUUGUGUUUUAAAUUAGCAUCAACAGGACACUUUCAUCGUACCAAACUGAUUCCGUGAUUGUUUAUGACGAUCAAAUUUCACUCCUCUGUUGUUUAGAACAUUUAUAGUAAAAAUGGCAUAGAUUUGUCGUUAGUUCAGUACUCUUAUGCAAAUUAUUAAAAUAAAAACUCAUGUGGCUAGACCUAUAAUAGACAGUAUGUUCUUUCCAUAACCUCAGCUCCUACUUUUCCAGACAAGCUGUUUGGAGAACGGUAAGACUAAAAACAGCAAACCGAGGUGUGUGGAAGAAGUUGUACUACCGACUCUAUAAGGGUGUGGUAGAAGUUAUUUGUUCCUCCAGAACAGCCAGUAUUUACAGCGAGUCAAUGAACAUGAUAAAAAUGUACAUAUAUAUACAUAGUGAAAUGAAUUAAUCAUCGAAUUAAUUAAGCGACUAAAAUAGUAAGGCUAGUAGAAUGAAUGUAUAUGCGUAGGCAGUAAGCAAUGCUCAGGCAUACAUAUUCAUACAAGUGCAACAAUAAUAAAGGUACAAUGAUAUAAGUUGUUAUAGUACGGAUGACUCUGUCCGUUAAAUAAGUUAACAAAAGGGCUUAACCAAAUUAAAUGUGAACGAACUCGAUUGCACGUGAGCUGCUAUAUCCUUAAAUAUAACCCUUCUCACUUAUCUUUAUCACCACGUGCCACCAAUGCUAAUGACUGAAGUUAACGAAAUGUUGAUCUUGGUUUCUAGAAGCCGGUCACAUGUUGGAGCUCUUGAUGUUCAGACCCUGUGUUAGAUAGAACAACAAGCUUCCUUGCCUAGGAUUCCUGAACUCUGCGCAAUCGAUGUAUUGCUACUUCCUAUGAACUAACUGGUGUAAGUAUAGCAUUAAGUUGAAAAGCAGAACAGGCUCUACUAGACUGGUGGUUUGUCCGACUGAGCAGUAUAGUCGGAACUCUGAAAGAUAAGAUAUCACACUUUCCUCGUCAUCUCUGCCUACGACCCCACUAAUCACAGUUCGGAUGAAAUAAUAGACGAAUUUUAUGAGAAGCUUUCUAGACUCCGUCAAAAAUCAAAACGCUUGGAUAUGGUGAUAGCGGUAGGUGAUUUUGUACCGAAAUAUGUAAACUAAAGCAAACUGAAAAGCUCUUGGGACGGAUCUUACGAUGCCGCGUCUCAGUACACUGAUAAUGGUGACAGCCUGUUGUCAUUGUACUAGAUAACCGUCUUUUCGGCAAGCACAAACUUUAAUUACAAGUAAAGCAUCAUCUGAAUUUGCGACCCAUAUAAUUGACUGGACAAUGGACUUAAAUUGCCCACGUUGCCGUUAGCCAUCGUUGAAGAGGCUCGAUAUGACUGUCACCCAUUCUGAAGCAUGCAUUGUCCACGUCUUCAGUCAGUAACAACGUAGAACUUCGUACGUACGUACAUCAGUUCUAGUUGUCAUGGCCAUAACACUUUAGGAAACAGUUUAAUUGGCCUUAAACCGCAUUUCAGUUAUCCACUGUAUCCUAACGAUCUUACUGGCAAAUUGAUGCAAGUCCUCCAAAACUUAAUGAAACAAUAAGCAAUCUAUAACAAGCGGAAGCCCGAUAGAUUAGCGUGAAAUUUUUGGGGAUGGUGGUCCAGUCUUAGCAGUUGCUUGAUCUGAGCCCUUAGCUAAAAUCUGUGAAUUGUGCGUAAUCUCAUCUGACAGGUUUCGAUCGCUGAUCGUCCCAAUUUAAAAGAAAGGAAAAAUCCUUUUGUGACAAUUACAGCAAAAUCAGUUUGACUAAUUUAAUGUCUAUAAUAUUAUCUACAAUGAUACUUUGACGCCUAACUAGAGCUUAUGAAGAGCAAAUGUGAGAAUGUUAGACUGGUUUCAGACGUAGACCUCGAUUUAUAGACGAUACUCAACGUUCAGCAGAUUCUUGGCACAUAGAUAUAGUUUUCGAUGUCCGACUACAGUUGUGUUCCUUUAUAUUAUGGUGGAGUUCUACUCUGUAGAUCGUGAUAUUCUAUGCCGACCUCUAUCAUUGACAAACGUACCGAAUAGACAGUUCUCUACUCGAUCGCUACUGGUCAAGUUAGAACUUACGUCGAACCUGGAUAUACCAAGAUUGCUAGGUGAUUUGGGCUAUGAAAAUAGCGUAAAGCUGUUAGAUAGGUGGAGAGAAAUCAUAGCGUAUACAUGUCUGUAUACGAGUAAACUUUAAUACUAUGUAACAAAUAUUUGUUGUUCCCCUUUUCUAUAAGCCCCAGUGUCAUCAACACUAAAACAAGAAUUAGAAACUGUAUAAGCACAUUGAUAAAUAAGUAGUAAAAUAAAAGGGCUAAUCGGAGGAAAUUCCGUGAAAAAAUAGGAAAGAUUGAGUGAGUAAACCGAACAUAUAACGGUGACUGGUUGCUGCAGCUAUCCUCGGACAAUUGUUUAUUUCUAGCAAGCACCAACUAUGAGCACGAUAUACGCAUUCGUCUGAUAGGGCAACCGACUCAACGGUAGACCCAAAUAGAAUACAUUGCAAUCAGCCUCUGUUAGAGAAGCUCAAUAGAAGACCGACUCAUUCUGAAGCAUAUAUUUGGACCGAUGUACAUAUAUCCAACGUUUGACAUUGCAUUUAACGGACUGACUGUUCCAGUUUCUUUCAAUCAAUAAAGCUACGUUCGAAAUAGAUCUAUCGAAUGUAGGAAGCUUCCCAGCAUAUGUUCCUGCUAGCUGACUGUGAUCGAUAACUUUAUCGAUCAUUACUUUCUAUAUGCCGAUUUUAACGUUGUACGAUGGCAUCUAAGAAUAAUUUAGCCUCAAAGAAAUGGAUAUACAUUUCUUUUACUAAAUUGCUGUUUUCAAUGAGUCUUAUCACCUUAGGUGAAUAUAUAAAUAGUUUAUGAGAUUGACAUAUUCAUUUACAGUCGAAAAUUGAAGUUAACAGUCACUUUACCGUAAGUUGUCUAUGUUCAAUUUUUAUUGCUAUACGAUCUUCCUCAUUUCAUUCAUAUUCCACAAUUCAGGCGGCCAAUAAUUUAGCUAUUUGUUCUUUAUAUGUUGGACGACUAUCAAAAUCAAUUGAAGUGUUGGAGGAUCUAACAACAACUGGACUAACUAGUCAACCAAUAAACAAUUUAGGUGUUAUUACAACUGCUUCAACAUUUACAGGAUUUUCUACACCAUUCAUGUUCAAUGCACGAUGUCGUCGAUUCUGUCUACAUGAUGUAAUGAUUUCAAAUUUAGCUGUAUUAUAUGAGGUAGAGUCAGAUCUGGCCACAUUGAAAAAAGUUAACUUACUGAAAAAGUUGAUUGAAAUAUCUGGCGAACCAGUGCACAUAUCAUCAUUUAAAUUAUCUAUUACACAAUAAAACAAUAAUUAGUAUGUAAUAUUAACAAAUAUCUUUCAUUCUAAAUCACUUGAAUGAAAAAGAACAUUUAUUUGAUUGAUGCCUAUAAAAACAUAUUGUUAAAACUAACCUCCAAAAUUAUAUCUU